GUCCGAUAGUACUAGAGAUUGCCUCUCUCGCUCUCUCGAGCUUUCUCUCUGGGUUUAGGGUUUCCGUACAUUUCCGGCGACGGAGAGCGUCUGUUCAUCUCUUCCUGUCGAUCUGAUCCCGGAGGCUAAGAUGGAGAUUGUUGCGAGAGAGAAUGAGAAUGCUUUGUCAGGUCCAAAACCGAUGGAAUGGUCUACUGUCCCAUACAGUACUCCCCAAGCACCUGGCAAGCAGCGGACAUCGAGCUUGGAAGCACCAAUUAUGUUGCUUACUGGACAUCAGAGUGCUGUAUACACCAUGAAAUUUAACCCAGCUGGAACUGUAAUCGCCUCCGGAUCACAUGAUAGAGAAAUCUUUCUCUGGAGAGUUCAUGGGGACUGCAAAAACUUCAUGGUCUUGAAGGGUCACAAGAACGCUAUCCUUGAUCUUCACUGGACCACGGAUGGGUCUCAGAUUGUAUCAGCAAGCCCCGAUAAAACUGUAAGGGCAUGGGACGUUGAAACCGGGAAACAAAUCAAGAAGAUGGCUGAACACUCGUCCUUUGUGAAUUCUUGCUGUCCUUCCCGUAGAGGGCCGCCUCUUAUAGUCAGUGGUUCCGAUGAUGGAACUGCCAAGCUUUGGGACAUGCGUCAGAGAGGUGCAAUACAAACAUUCCCGGAUAAAUACCAAAUCACGGCAGUAUCUUUUUCCGAUGCAUCGGACAAGAUCUUCACCGGUGGUAUAGACAAUAACGUCAAAGUCUGGGACUUGCGGAAAGGCGAAGUGUACAUGACACUUGAUGGCCAUCAAGAUACAAUAACAGGGAUGAGCCUAAGUCCCGACGGAUCAUACCUUCUCACCAACGGCAUGGACUGCAAGCUCUGCAUAUGGGACAUGCGUCCAUACGCCCCACAAAACCGGUGCGUGAAGGUAUUGGAAGGGCACCAGCACAAUUUCGAGAAGAACCUGCUGAAAUGUGGAUGGUCACCCGACGGUAGCAAAGUCACGGCCGGUAGCGCGGACCGCAUGGUUCACAUAUGGGACACGACGUCGAGGCGCAUUCUGUACAAGCUCCCUGGCCACACCGGCUCGGUCAACGAGUCGGUCUUCCAUCCACAUGAACCCAUCAUCGGAUCUUGCAGCAGCGAUAAACAGAUCUAUCUGGGAGAGAUCUGAAUAGUGUAUGAAGCGCAUCUAAACUAUUGAAUGCUUUUGUCGGAUCUAGAGUUUUUUUGAGUGAUGUAUUUUUCACAUGUAAUAACAGUAGCUUGAUCUCAUGUCUUCACAAAACUUUGCGAUUGUGGUUGGUUUGAAAAUUUUAGACCCUUAUAUUUU